AUGUCUCUUGCACCCAAAUCCCCGAGGAGAAGAUCCAGGAAGAGGGGCGGCCCGGCCGUGUCCAACCUCAUCCUGAACGCCAUCUCCUCCUACGGGGGUCCUGGCGGCCUGACCCUAGUUGGCCUCAAGAGAGUCCUCAAAUCCAACGGCUACGACGUGAUGCGAAACCGAGGCCGGAUCCGCCUGGCGCUGCGCAGACUAGUGGCCAGAAAGCAAAUCCUGCGAGGCAGGGGUGCGGGGGGACGGGGGGUCCUCAGGCUCAACCCCUACGGCCGCCGCUACAGGAUGAGGAGGCUCAGGGGGAGGAGGAGGAGGAGGAGGAGGAGGAGAGUGGGAGGGAGACGGAGGAGGGGGAGGAGGAGGAGGAGGAGAUACAGAGGAAGGAGGAGGAGGAGGAGAAGGAGGAGGAGGAGGAGAAGAAGGCUGUCUGUGAGGAGGAGGAGGAGAAGUAGGAGAAGGAGAAGGGCCCCCAGGAGACUCCGGAGAAGGCGGUACCGGCGCAGGAGGAGGGCCAGGUCCUACGGGAGGACCCGCCGGAGGAGGAGGAGGAGAAGGAGGAUGAGCUCUCGCUACUAA